GAUUAGCGACAAUCCCAUUCUCAAAGCGGUUCCUGAUACGGUGCGCGAAAACCCACCAUUUGCCAAGUCACUUUUGCCUGUUCCUUUUUGUCUUCACAGAUCAUCGCCAAUCACCACAUGCAGUCCAUAUCCUUCGCCUCCGGUGGCGAUCCGGAUACUGCAGAAUAUGUUGCCUACGUAGCCAAAGACCCUGUCAAUCAAAGAGCGUGCCACAUAUUGGAGUGCCCGGAUGCCAUGGCCCAGGAUGUCAUCAGCACCAUCGGGCAAGCCUUUGAGCUGCGUUUCAAGCAGUACUUGAAGAAUCCUCCCAAACUGGUCACCCCCCAUGACAGGAUGGCGGGUUUCGACAGCUCGGCCUGGGACGAGGAAGAGGAAGAUCCCGCAGACCACCAGUACUACAACGACUUCCCGGGCAAGGAGCCGCCGCUGGGGGGCUUGGUGGAUGUCCGGCACCGCGAGGGGUCAGGGGUCGCGGCCCCCCGGCUCCCUGCCCUCCCGCCGCAGCACCCCAACCAUCACGGAGCCACCCUGGUCAGUACAAGCCGCGGGCACGAUGGAGGGAGGCCAUUUGAGCCCCCAAAGGGAUAGCAUAGGCUAUUCGGA